AUGUCCAAGUAUGACGAGAUGCGUAAGGGAGACGACCUUAUGUCCAACAACCACAAGUGGAAAGCUUGCUUCCAUGAGGAUGGCAACUUUGGGAUCUAUGGCAGGAAGCCCAUGUGGAACUCUGACACCGCUGGCCAGCGCGACGCCUACUAUCGCCUGUGCAUGCAAGACGACUGCAACUUUGUAAUGUACCAGAAGGACAACAAGAUGAUAUGGCAGACCAAGUGCCCGGCGUCCGGUGGCUGUGUAAUGAUGUGCUGCAUGUGGCUGUGUAAUGAUGGCACCAUGGUGGUGGAGAGAGACGGAGAGGAGGUGUGGUCCUCUGCUCAGUCUAAGGGAUUCAAGCAGUGAGCAGAGCACCUGCAUCUCUACCGGGGAUAAGUUCAUGCUGAUAAUAGCCACACUUUCCAUCUGUUAUGUAUGACUGUCUUCCUUGAGCUAUGUUCA